CCCGGAUCAGAGAACGCAAGCAGUAUGGCUGAUACGGAAGCCAUCUCGGUCUUGGUCGUCGAGGACGAGCCUACUACCCGUCUGAUUGUCGAGCGUUUCUUGCGCCAAGCUGGUCACACUGUGGCGUCGGCUAAGAACGGCGAGCUGGCGUUGCGCAAGAUCGAGCGCAAGCCGGAAAAGUUCCAGCUGGUCUUGUCAGAUGUGUACAUGCCCAAGCUGAACGGGAUGGAGUUGCUAGGCAGAAUCCGCGGACACGAGAAUACGGCGGUGGCCUCGCUAGUGGUGGUUAUGAUGAGCUCAGCCAAGGACGCCGCCACGUCGUAUCAGGCGCUGCAGGCCGGCGCGGACGACUUUAUCCUCAAGCCUGUGCGCAAGGGCACGUUUGACAAGUUUGCAGAGUUGGUCCGCAAGGGCCAUACACCGCCCAAGCCGGUCAACCCGCUUCGGGAUCAGACGCCGCGGUCGCGCGAACGGCGCAACUCGAUCAUGCAUGAGCAGAAGCUCAUUGUCGACGCCACAGAGACAUCCCCGAUCUCCUCGCUGGCUGAGCGAGUGAAGGCGCUCCAAACGCUGGCAGCACAGACUAACGCCGACGAGCAACUGAGGCAGGAGCUCAACACGCUCCGUACAGACCUGGACCGGGCGAUGCAGUCGCUGCUGCUCUCGUCGUCGGCUUCUUCGACCUCGGCUUUUGUCGACCUAGUCGAGCAGGGCACCGCCCCGCCCGAGGCCAAGGCGUACAUCACCUCGCUGGUCGGCGACCAGACGCUGCAUGGCGCCUGGAAAAUCGAGCCGCAGCUCGGCGGCGCGGUUGCUGCUGCCACCUCCGCUAGCCGCGACACCGGCGACUCGGACGACGAGGCCAGCGACUCGGAUGCACACGCGUUGAAGGCUGUUUUUGAGCUCACCACCUUUGACGUCUGGUCGUCGCCCGAGGAGAUGAUGAGCCAGUACGUGGUUGCCAUGUUUCGGCACCUCGGCCUCCUGCAGCACUUCCUCAUCCCCAAGGAAGUUUUGGAGGCCUUUCUGGAUGGCGUCGCUGCGCAGUGCCCGAUCACCAACCCGUACCACUCGUUCAGGCGCUCUGUCGAUUCAGCGCAGCUCGCGUUCUGGAUUCUCACCCGCGGCGGGGCCCAGAAGCACCUCGACGCCCACGACGUGCUCGCAGUCAUGCUGGCGGUCAUCGCCUUCCAGAUGGGCCACACCGGGACGUCGAACAACUACCUCAUCGAGUCGUCGUCCGACUAUGCCAUGCAGUACAACAAUGAGUCCAUCCUGGAGAACCGCGCGGCGUCGCUCGCCUGCGGCCUCCUCGCUGUUCCCUCGUCCAAUGUCCUCGCCAACGUGGAGCCGGCCAAGGCCGAGUACGUCAAGAACCUCAUGACCCACUGCAUCCUUGCCACAGACCUCAAGGCCCACCCAAAGAUCCUCUCUUCGUUCAACCUCGUCGCCUCGCAAUUCAACGGUGCCGACGGCGUCCAUCGCCGCCUCCUCUGCCAGGUGAUCACCAAGACCGCAGACUUUUCGCUCGACAUCCGUCCUUUUACCCUCGCCAAGUACUGGUCCGACAUGAAGGCCGAGGAGGAUGUCCGCGAAGCCGCCGCCGCCGACCGACCCGUCCCACUCACUGACCCGGGUAUGGUUCGCGUCACCCUUAUCGACUACAUCUCGCUCCCGCUCUUCAGCGCCGUCGGCAAGUUCCUGCCCGUUGUCGAGGCCACCUGCCACUCGCUCAUCGAGACCAACCGGUUCACCUGGCAGGCCUUGGUCGACACCCAAAUGUUCUCGUAG